AUGUCUGAACAGAUUGAAAAAGCUUUCCAAAAGCAACAGGGAAUCUUUCAGAACCCUAAAGCGAACACCAAGAAGGCAAAGAAAAACCUUCGGUGGUAUAAGGAUAUCGGUCUUGGGUAUAAAACACCGAAAGAAGCCAUCGAAGGACAUUAUAUUGACAAAAAAUGUCCGUGGACUGGGGAAGUUUCUAUUCGUGGUCGUAUUCUUUCUGGAGUUGUCGUCUCGACAAAAAUGAAACGAACAAUCAUUGUUCGCCGUGAAUAUUUACACUUUGUUCCGAAAUAUCAUCGUUAUGAAAAACGUCACAAGAAUUUAGCUGCACAUUUGUCGCCCGCUUUUAUCGGUGUGGAGCCCGGAGACAUAGUCACUGUGGGUCAAUGCCGACACCAGAUAAAGAAUGAUUAUUUCCAAGCAACAUCGACGACUUAUCUACGAGUCUCUUUUCAAGGGUUUGACGGCGUAUUGGUUGCAAGGAAAGAUUUCAACGCACCAAAGCAUCAGAGUAUUGAUGUGCCAAAUCUUGAAGUUAUAAAGGCAUGCCAAAGCCUUGCGUCCCGUGGAUAUGUAGAGACGCGAUUCUCUUGGCAAUACUAUUAUUUUACAUUGACUAAUGAAGGAAUCGAAUAUAUUCGUGAAUAUUUGCAUUUUCCUUCGGAAAUUGUGCCUUCGACAUUUAAGAAAACUAGGUCACUGCCAGAUCCUAAAAGAAUUCGUGGAG